AUGGCGUACUCCUACGACGGCACAAACGAUUUCUGCUCGAUCACGACGGUUCGAAGUGGCACGUACACUACCAAUGUACCUUUCUCCAAUUUCAUCGCCCUUCAAUGGCCUAUCUCGGUCCAAUGGGCGAGCUCAGAUCUUGCUCGCUUCUCGCCAGCGAGUGCACCUGUUCUAGUGGAGACGCAGACCUCUAGCACCGCCUCAGGACGAUCGACAUCGUCAGCGACUGCCUCUACAACGACUUCUGCGAGCUCUGUCGAUGCAGCAGCCGCGACAUCAAGCGCAGCAACUGGUGGUGGUGGCUUGAGUACAGGAGCACAAGCAGGAAUUGGAGCAGGUAUUGGCGCGUUGGCAUUGGCUUUGAUAGGACUGGGCAUAUGGUUCUUGCUACGUCGGAGACGUGAUAAGAAAAGUCAAAGCCCUCCAAGCCACGAUGAAACAACAUUUGGAGGCAUGAAAGCCGAACUGCCGGGCUCGCAAGACACGAGAGGAUACUCGGACAAGAAAGGGCUUCAUGGUCAGCAUGGUGAUGCUAUUGAGCUGGAGUCUGGACGAGAUGGACUGAAUGAGCUUGAUGGGCAGAAGAAACAGCGAAUGGAGCCUGCAGAGCUACCCGGCAGUGCUGUGGGAGAACAUGCAGCCGCAGAAAUGGCUGGAAUGAAGUCACCAGUGGAGAGCGACGGGAAGGCUAUCACCGGGACAGAACAGCAGGCGGCAGCAUGGAGAAGUAAUCGUGAGCCGCUGGUUAAGCAUGGGUAG